GUCCUUGAAGAAUUUGAUGCCUUACCCAGAGAAGGAGGAGCCGGCGAAGCCAAAGGAAAGAGAGUUUAGUCCCAUCAGCUUCCUGGCCACCAUCAUCGGCGCGCUGAUCCUUUUGGGCACGGCCGUCUCUGUGCUCGUGCCCCUGGUCUCCGGCCUAUACAAGGACAUGACGGGUGAGUACUUGGUGAGAUUAGACGUGCCUUCGCUGUACUGA